AAAGGCCACCCCGGCGGGCGGGGACGGGACGGCAGCCCGCACCCAGAGCUCGCUCGGCUCCGCGCCGCCAACGCCGGUCCCGCCGGUGCCACACGGCCGGCCGAGCACAGCAGGGCUCUCUCGACAUGAUCAUCCGGACCAGGCGCUGAGUAGUGGCUGCGAUGUCGGGGUGCCGGGCCCCGCGGCCCGCCUGGGGGCUGCUGCUGGCGCUGCUGGCGCUGGGCGAGCUGCCUCAGGCACAGGGCACGGAGGAAGUGCCUGGUGACGCGCACGGGGACGUCCAGGGCUUCCAGGUGGUCACCUUCAGAUGGCACCACGUCCAGGACCCGUACAUCAUUGCGCUCUGGAUCCUGGUGGCCAGCUUGGCCAAGAUCGGCUUCCACCUGUCCCACAAGGUCACCAGCGUCGUCCCUGAGAGCGCACUGCUCAUCGUGCUGGGCCUGGUGCUGGGCGGCAUCGUCUGGGCGGCCGACCACAUCGCCUCCUUCACCCUCACGCCCACCCUCUUCUUCUUCUACCUGCUGCCCCCCAUCGUGCUGGACGCCGGCUACUUCAUGCCCAACCGGCUCUUCUUUGGCAACCUGGGCACCAUCCUCCUCUAUGCCGUCAUUGGCACCGUGUGGAACGCGGCCGCCACCGGCCUGUCACUCUACGGCGUCUUCCUCAGUGGCCUGAUGGGGGACCUGGACAUCGGGCUGCUGGACUUCCUGCUGUUCGGCAGCCUGAUCGCCGCCGUGGACCCGGUGGCCGUCCUGGCCGUGUUCGAGGAGGUGCACGUCAACGAGGUGCUCUUCAUCAUCGUCUUCGGGGAGUCGCUGCUCAACGACGCCGUCACGGUGGUCCUAUACAACGUGUUUGAAUCUUUCGUGACGCUGGGGGGUGACAAGGUGACCGGCGUGGACUGCGUGAAGGGAUUAGUGUCCUUCUUCGUGGUGAGCCUGGGGGGCACGCUGGUGGGGGUCGUCUUCGCCUUCCUGCUCUCGCUGGUAACGCGCUUCACCAAGCACGUGCGCACCAUCGAGCCCGGCUUCGUGUUCGUGCUGUCCUACCUGUCCUACCUCACGUCCGAGAUGCUGUCGCUGUCGGCCAUCCUGGCCAUCACCUUCUGCGGCAUCUGCUGCCAGAAGUACGUGAAGGCCAACAUCUCGGAGCAGUCCGCCACCACCGUGCGCUACACCAUGAAGAUGCUGGCCAGCGGCGCCGAGACCAUCAUCUUCAUGUUCCUGGGCAUCUCGGCCGUGGACCCGCUCAUCUGGAAGUGGAACACAGCCUUUGUGCUCCUGACGCUGGUCUUUAUCUCCGUGUACCGGGUCAUCGGUGUGGUGCUGCAGACCUGGAUCCUGAACCGGUACCGGAUGGUGCAGCUGGAGAUCAUAGACCAGGUGGUCAUGUCCUACGGCGGCCUCCGCGGGGCGGUGGCCUUCGCCCUGGUGGUCCUUCUGGACGAGAACAAGGUCAAGGAGAAGAACCUGUUCGUCAGCACCACCCUCAUCGUCAUCUUCUUCACCGUCAUCGUCCAGGGCCUGACCAUCAAGCCUCUGGUGCAGUGGCUGAAGGUGAAGAGGAGUGAACAGCGAGAGCCCAAGCUCAAUGAGAAGCUGCAUGGCCGGGCUUUCGACCACAUCCUCUCGGCCAUCGAGGACAUUUCAGGGCAAAUUGGACACAACUAUCUCAGAGACAAGUGGUCCAAUUUUGAUCGGAAAUUCCUCAGCAAAAUCCUUAUGAGAAGGUCGGCUCAAAAGUCACGAGAUCGGAUUCUGAAUGUUUUCCACGAGCUCAACUUGAAGGACGCCAUCAGCUACGUGGCCGAGGGAGAGCGCCGAGGCUCCCUGGCCUUCAUCCGCUCCCCCAGCACCGACAACAUGGUCAACGUGGACUUCAGCACCCCCAGACCCUCGACCGUUGAGGCCUCCAUCUCCUACCUCCUGAGGGAGAAUGUCAGCGCCGUGCGGCUGGACAUGCAGUCGCUGGAGCAGAGGCGGCAGAGCAUCCGUGACACGGAGGACAUGGUCACGCACCACACGCUGCAGCAGUACCUGUACAAGCCCCGGCAGGAGUACAAACACCUCUACAGCCGACACGAGUUGACGGCAGACGAACACGAGAAGCAGGACAAGGAGGUCUUCCACAGGACCAUGCGCAAACGCCUGGAGUCCUUCAAGUCGGCCAAGCUGGGGCUCCACCCGCACAAGAAGGGGGCGAAGCUGUACAAGAGGGAGCGCGCCCAGAAGCGGAGAAACAGCAGCAUCCCCAACGGGAAACUGCCGAUGGGAAGCUCCCUGCAGGAUUUCACCAUUAAGGAGAGAGAUUUGGAACUUUUGGACCCCGAGGAAGCCGCCAGCUAUGAUGCCGAGGACAUGAGCGGGGGGAUCGAGUUCCUGGCAAACAUCACACAGGACACAGCGACAGACUCCCCCUCCGGAAUUGACAACCCCGUGUUUUCCCCCGACGAGGACCCCAGCAUCCUCAGCCGGGCACCGCCCUGGCUGUCUCCCGGGGAGGCAGUGGUGCCCUCCCAGAGGGCCCGAGUGCAGAUCCCCCACUCUCCCGGCAACUUCCACCGCCUGGCGCCCUUCCGCCUCAGCUGCAAGUCCGUGGACUCCUUCGUGCUGGCCGAUGGCUCCGAGGAGCAGCCCCGCGCCGCCCCGGCCGAGUCCACACACAUGUAACUGGCCCUGCCCUCCCCUGCCGGCUAACAGCUGCUCUCUCCCCAGCUCCUCUGCCCAGCCGCCCGCGCCCGCUCCGGCCGGACCUGCUCCCUCUCUCUCUGCAGCAGCGGCUCUGCCUUCUGCUACUCUGUUCUCACAAGCCUCUGGUUCCAGCUCCAUUUUUCUUAAGAUUCGUCUGAGUUCCCGCUUCUCCAGCCGAGUUGGGGGUGGGGCGGGGUGGGAUCAGUGCUGUUGGAGAACUUGACCGCUUUAGGUUUUGCGGGUUAGGAGACUGUGAGCUCAGAGGGCAAGGGGAAGGGGAAGACGUUUUUCUCCCUAAAGGCCCGGAGGUCCGGAAAGCCCGCGUGACAGAUGGGAGUGCGGGAGACCCUCAAGCGGAGAGCAGGACAGGGGCAGGGUUCAGGACGGGGUCCCCGCGGGCCGGCCCGUGGCAGCUAAGCCCGGCUCAGGAAGGUUCCAGUGAGCCUGUCCUCGGCCCGCGCAGGGCUCCCGGGGCACCAGGCGCCUCUGCAGCUCGUCUUCCUCCCGCGGCUUCACCUCCAGGCUUGGCACGCGCCCCGGCCCUGGGGUGCGGUCCUCGGUCCCACCUGGGCUGGAGGCGGGGGCACCCGAUGCCCCGUGCUCACACCGGCUUCUCCUGCAGGUGACACGGGGUCGGACGCACCGCUGACCGGACGCUCGUCCCCACACGAGGGACAGCCCGCCGCCGAGAUGCCCCCGCGCGUGCGCGCCCCGAGCCCGGCCCCGCCCAGUCCGGCCCCGCCCAGCCCCGAGAAGGCCCCGCCCACCUCCCGAAGCGCCGCGCCCGCUGCGCCGCCGGACCCCGAACCGGGGGCGGGGCCUGCGCCUGGGGUGGGACCAGAGCGCCGCGGGCUGCCGGCUGCGCACGCGCGGUCGGCAGCGGCGCGCCGCGUGCACAGCCGGCGCUCGUUCCAGAGGCCCCGCGCGCGCCGCCGCCCCGCGUUGCUAAAGCUCGCUUCGCUGCAGCCUUCGUGCCACACGCCUCCUCACGCCCUGGAGCAGGAAGAGACGCCGCUGUGACGUCCGCCCACUCGGGGUCUGCAUACAUGAUCUCGCCCCUGAGGAUGUCCCCCAUAGCCGCGCCCCCCAGGGGUCUCCCCCGCCCCACAUUACGGAGGGCUCCCCAGGGUCUGCACUCCCGGGCUUCUGCACCCUCCACCACGGCUGCCCAGCCGGGCGUUGGCACCCACGACCUCGCGCCCCCCGAGGAUGCUGCCCCCCAGGGGUCUCCACCCCCCACAACACACCCAUGUUCACCUGGGGUCGUGCCCUCCAUGCCUCCUUCCCAAGGGGGUCUUCCCAUAGCCUCAGUUAGCCCUGGGCACUCACCAGUUAGGUGCUGGAUGGACAGGAGCUGGACUCCCAGGGGACGAAUGUGCUGCAGGACCUGACCCUUGGAAUUCCUUGGGGUCCCUGCAGAGAGGCCCCUGUGGGUCACGAGCCUCCUCCACCUUCUGGGAGGCCCAGGCAGGUGCCCUUGCCAGGAGACUCCUGUGCCCUCUGUCCAUCUGUUCUGGAUUUAAACUGGGCACUUGUGUGUUACUGUUUCCACUGUCACUCCUGACCCAGGGACAGUCUGUGCUUGAGUUCUUGCCACCCCGUAUCCAUUCUCAUCAGCACUGCUGGGGAAACUGAGAACCACACAAGCUGAGCUUUGCCCACUGUUAUGCCAACCCAAGAUCCUAGGCCUAGACUGGCCUCUCUCAAAGCCCCCUGGGAGGAUGAGAGCCCAACUCCAGGAUAGGAUGUGGGAUGUCCUCAUGUCCACUCACCAGGUCUCAGAACCACCUGUCACCUUGUGGACCACGGGCACAGCUGCAGAAGCAUCCUGUGUUUGCUUAUCCUUGCUGUGUUGAGACUCCCAGAGCUCAGUGCUCAUCCUGCACACCCCCCCACCCCAGUGUGGUCUCUGGGCACAGGGGCUGAACGUCCCCAAACAGCUGGUCUCUGGCCUGAGCUUGUCCCACCUAAUGCUGGCAGAUGGCCCAGGCUGGGUAGAAGUGGCACUGGCUGCAUGGGCCUGCCCACGAGGCCCCAGCAGACAAGUGAGGCUUCUGCUCAGCAGUCUUGUUUGGAAUCACACUGGGUCCUUGGAUGGACCCUGGCCAGAUGGUGGCUCAGGCGUCCUCACACCAGGGACGCCGAAGGGACUUGGACCACCUCCCCACCCCACCCCAGCCCCAGGGCCCCAUGGAUGGGGCCUUGGACAGAGCCCCCAGGCCUCUGGAGGGCAGGGCAGGGCACCUGUGCAGUGAGGCGGGAGGGGCCUCACCUGGCCUCUCUGCUCCUCGGACGCAGGGUUUGAGGCAGUAAAGGAGUAAAGGACAGUGGACACCUGGAAGCUUUUCUGAAGAAGCCAGGCUCCAGCCUGCUCAGGGAGCUGUCCGCGCUGCCCUCUGCCUUGUUCCCGGGGCGAGGCCUCAAAGCCGUCGUCACCAGGGUCUCGAGCAGUGUGCAGCCCUUCGACAGAGCAGUGAUUCCCAGGGCGAGGCUACACUUCGCUGUUGAAGAACAAGUGACCCAACAGGGAAGGUCCUUGGGGCCCUGGUUCACCCAGAGUUAGCUCUGUAGCUGAAGUUCGGACCUGCUCACAACCCGAACCACUGGCUUAGCCGUCACGGGCACAAGAGCGACCCGCAGUUUGCCGUACUUGUUCCCACACUCACAGCCACUUGGACCAACACUGUGAGCACAAAAUCCAGCCAUCACCUGCCCAGCAGACCUGGCGGAAGGCACAAGCUCCGUCUACUCCCUGCAGGAGGGGUUGAUCCAGAACAGACUGGGUCCUGCAGUGUCCAUAGCCCAGCCGGUCUGGCAUCUCCAGCUGCCUUAACAAGCCUCCUGGACCCUAUUCAGCUGCAGGGCCGGAGGCGAGCCCUGGGAAAGCGCUCCGGGCACUUCCCAGAUGCCCACUAGACCUCAGGCUGAUGAAGCUCUCCUGGGCCAGUUCUGUGGCCGGUGUCUUCUGCGGCGGGUGACCUGUGCCACUGAGCACAGCCACCGUUGGGGCAAGUUCCAGGGGAGACCUUUCAACUUGGGAGAGACUGUUCAGUCUGUGGACACAGUGUCAUAAAGCCCAGUAGUGUGGCUACAUCUCAUGAAGGAGAAUCCUAGCUGUUCUUGUCAUUGUCAAACAGAAGGUAAACAAAGUCUUAUGAAUGUAUUUCCUUAGGAAAACUGCUGUAAAAAUUUUUAUUAGGAAAGAAUUCCUAUUUAUUUAACACUGAACUUCGGCCUCCUUUGUGGAAGACUAUGACGUGCACAGAUUCAGAACCCACUUCUCACUUCUGUAUCUUCUCAAAAAUGAUCUGGUUACAGCGCCCAGAUCCUGUGCACUACUGAUCUUCCACUGUGAAAGGUGGUUUGAUGGAGGAAUUUCACUGAAACUGGAAAUGCAGUGUAAGUUCUGAUCUUGUCAAGUCUCCUGUAACCUAAUCCAAUCGACGUGCCUUAAAGAGCUGCCCCAUGCAGUCCCCAGUGCGGGGGCGUGUCCGGGCAGGGCCCACCACAGGUCCUACAACAGCGACGCCUUCAUCAAGUCUAUUAAAAAUGUUUCAAGGA